AUGGGGGCUGCCGACCACCACGUCGUCGAGUCUCACUGCCAUGGCAUCAUUAGUUUCGCUCCAGACAACAUCGUCACCCUCACCGCCAACGUAGUCUUCUCGCCCGCGUGUACCCAAGGAUACGAAACUCCCGGAACCAGCAAUGACCCGUCCAGCGUCGCCGACCUCGAGAACCCCUUCUAUGCCUCGACCAUUCCUCAGACCUUUGUCGUUGCCUGCGCCACCUCACUCGCCUGGGUCUUGGUCGUCAUGCUUCUGAUCAACUCCCGUUCAUUCUCUCCAGGAUUCGGCCUCACAAACUUUGCUUCCGGACGAGGACUCAUCGGUGGCGCUACCGGUGGCACUGCUGCACCCGGUGUUGGCUCACGACCAUGGCUUCAAAAAGUUGCAGCUCUUCUUACCGCCAUCGCCCUGACCAUCGCAACGGCAGACACAUUCAAAGUUGCCCAAGAACAAUACGCGGUUGGAUACAUGGAUGGAGAUGCUAUGCACAGAAAAGUCGAAGGCAGUAUGGAAGUCCGCGUGACACGCGUCAUCUCCGACGUCUUUCUCUGGCUCGCUCAAGUACAGACUCUGAUUCGACUGUUUCCGCGCCACAAGGAAAAGGUUGUCAUCAAAUGGGUUGGCUUUGCUCUCAUUGUUCUGGACACAAUCUUCUCCUGCCUCAACAGCUUCCUGGUCGACAGCUUUGUUCGCCCUCGUCAUUUCGUCGACGCCAUUCCAGCUCUCAGCUAUCUCUUCGAACUCGCUGUGGGCCUCCUCUACGCUGCCUGGGUCAUCUUCUAUGGUCUCACCAAACGUCGCUACGCCUACUUUCAUCUCAAGAUGAAGAGCAUCUUCAUAGUCGCUCUUUUGUCACAUGUCGCAAUACUAACUCCCGUCGCCUUCUUCAUCACUGACGUCGCCCAACCGGAUGUUGCUGCUUGGGGUGACUAUUUCCGAUGGGUUGGAGCUGCCGCUUCUAGUGUUGUUGUUUGGGAAUGGGUCGAACGAAUAGAAGCCUUGGAACGAGAUGAAAAGAAGGACGGCAUUCUGGGCCGUGAAGUCUUCGACGGUGAUGAGAUGAUCGACAUGACCCCUGGCGACAAUAUGACAUAUACGCGGAAACCUCGAGACAACUAUCGCCCAGCUGAUAGCGAUAGUCCUGGUGGCUCCACUCACAAAUCCGGCUCGCAACAAGAUCCAGUCGCCAGGAGGCGAAAAGCGACCCCUCGACGAAGCACUCAUUUGCCUCUGGGCAGAGCCCAUUCCGAAAACAGAACAAUCACCUUUGGAUCUGCCGCUUCAACCGUCUAUGUCAUCAACUAUGGUGGGUCGCAAGAACCAGAGCCUGUGCGAAGGCGAACAGAGGAUUUGCCAGAGCGCCCGGCAAUUGAUGAUCUUGAAGCUCAAACAUCAACUGCUUCACGAGCAAAUAAUUCACACGCGGACGCAGGCAGCUCAUCACGAUUACGACAGACGAGCAAUGCGCUUCGGAAUGCGGUGCAGAAUCCAUUCAAGCGAAAACGAAUGAGUCCACCAGCAGAAGUCAGAGCCGCUCGCGACAAUAGUGAUACUCCUGGGAUUCCCUCUCAUUCAUACUCAAAGUGGGAUAUCAAGGGCAGACUUGGUGCUAUUGCAGCCGAACAGGGUGAAAAGUUCCGCGAGAGAAAGCAAGAAAGGGCAAAUGAUGUCGACUUGCCUUAUACUGUAAUCCCAGCACCCACUCGAGGAGCCGCAGCAUGGAGUCCACAUGUGCUCAAACACACGAAUAGCGAUAUGAGCAGCAAGGAUUCGCCGACAGGUUCACAACUGAACACUGUCCGAGAUUCGAACAGCUCGCAUCAUGUGACGUGGGCCAGUUCCACAACGGCCGGCAGUCAAGGCGAUAGCAACAUCGUCAACGAUGCUAUCAAUAGCCGGACGGAAGAUGACGCGACGCCUCGACAGGGUCCCGUCUCAGGAACAGCUCUGACCACGAGGAAUAGCUCAACAUCUGAUGAAGAAGUCGCACGGACUCAAGACGAUGACGAGCACGGAACGCCGAGACCAACCUAA